AUGGCAGCUGGAAUGAGUGAAGCAGAGCAAAAGCAGUUUGUGUCAGACAACAUGGAUUCAGAUCUUCAGUUCGUACUGGCAGACUCAGGAGUGGCUUUAGAGAAUCAGGUGGCGAUUGCGCGCCAUUAUGGGAGCUUGAGGAAGUUCCGUGCCAUAGGAGAUUCCAGAGCUGAAGUGAGGAGAGCAUGUCUUGCGGACUUUGCCAUUCCGCAGGAUACCCCAGGAGGUCGUUCUCAGACGGCCUCAGUUGUUUCAUCGUGGGAGGUGGCUCAGGAAUACAUCUCAAAGGAGGUGGAAAUACGAGCAGAAGCAAAAGUGCUCGGGCAACCGCGUGCACUUCAAGUGCACGAGCGACAGGCUAUGCUGAAGGCAGUGGAACAGGUGUAUGGCGUUUUGCAGGAGGCUGAGUCACCUUCGUCAGACUACCUUUCAGUGAAGGCAGAAGAAACAGAGUCAAAUGAACCUCAAGCUGCUCCCUUAGACGAAGUGACUAGCAAGAAAGAUUCCACAACUUCAGGCACGCAAUCAGGCCUUGAUAGCUCAGGACAUAUUCGCAUCACUCGGACGAAGACCAAGGCGAAGCUUCCAUUGACCACUGAGGACUAUCGUCGGGUCAUGCGUGUUGAGAUGAAUGCUUGGUUGUGCAUGGCUGCCAGGUACAAGGCGAAGGCUUGGCUUCAUGGUUUGACUCCUGAUCCUUUCAAUCGUUUUGUCGACUACAUUCUUGGGGAUCGCGUUUACAACAUUCAGGUUCCUUCUUUGCAGGGCGAAGGUCUUCAGAAGGUGAAGCCUGAUUGGAGCAUCAUUUUAGCAUAUGAACACAAGUUGCGCAAGGAAGCAUUCAAGCUGGUCAUUCGAGAAGGGUUCGCAUUGGCUGAUGCUCUCAGGUCAGUGAUUCGUGACGCUGAUUUGAAGGAGACAUACUUCACCACACCCGUGGCACUUCGGGCCGCAAUGGCUUCAGAGAGGCCCUCACCGAACAAGUUCCAGCGCACCGGAUUCAAGGGUUUCGGCGACUCGAAGGGCAAUUGGAAAGGCACUGGCAAGACAUGGAAAGGAAGCAGAGGCGACAAAGGUGGCAAAGGUGGCAAAGGUGAAGUUCGUAAGGAGCUCCAGGGACUUCAGUUGGCUUGGAGGACACCAGACGGUCGUGAUUUGUGCUUUGCUUACAAUGCUGGCAGUUGUGAUGGCAAGUGCAACAGGGUUCAUCAAUGUCGGGUGAAGGGUUGUUAUGCCGAUCAUCCGGCUGUGAAGCACAAAGAGCUGGUCAAAGUCAUGUAUUUAUUUGCUGGGAAGAGGCGUCAGGCUGAUGUGGGCUCUUGUUUAAACAAAAUGCACUCAGAAGGCCGAAUCGCUUUGCAGUUGAUCGAAUUCGAUAUCGAAAGGGAGACUGUCCAGCAGUGCAUACCAGAUGUUCGGACCGCAGCCUUUGCAUUGGUAACGGGCAAGUACCAGACUUCGCCAUUUGCUGGUGAACCUUUGGAGAGCCUGCGGGCUCGAUGGGGAGGGCUCUUGGCAGAUCCCGCAGACGCUCUGGUGAUUGAUAAGGAUCAACCCUUUUUAUUGCGGGGGCUAGCUCAAUGGUUGUCGGUCUUCGAAGAUCCAGAUGCAGGGUGGCUUGUAGAUGCUGAGGAUUCUUUUGCCACAGGGGUCCCUCUAGGGGUAGAUGCUCCUUUGCCAAGGUCACCGCAAGUGUUUCCGGAGAAAGUCAGGCACAGGAAACUUGAUGGUUCUGAUUUCAACCCGGUCGCCUCUAACUAUCCUUCCGCUCAACUUUCCACUUCUGAGUUGGAGUCGAAAUUUCGAGAAGAAGAGCUGUUGGGGCGUAUGUACCCCACGAGGUAUUCGGUCUUGAGAGAAGAGUAUGGUGAAGAUCGCAUUCGGAUUGCAUCAAUGGCAGCCAUAGCUAAACCUGAUGGUUCGGUCAGGCCUCUUCACGACGGAACUCAUUCGGUGCAGGUCAAUAACCGCAUUGUCUAUAAAGAUCAGAUUCAGUGUCCCGGGCCGCCGGAGGUGGCCUCAGUGGUGAGGGAAUCGGUUGAGACUCGCGAGGCCCCUUUCUGCGUUUCGGCCGACAUAAAGGCGGCACAUCGCCUCGUCAAGAUUCGUCAGAAGGAUUGGCCCUACAUGGCUUGCAAGGCGGACUCGAACUCCUCCACUGUAUGGGUCAACAAAGUAGGUGGCUUUGCUUCAGAGUUCGUAGGUUACCAAAUGCGUUAUGACUUGAACGAGGUAGGCAUCUCGGUCCGUCGGGGUGAGUGGCUCACCAAGUGGAUUAGGCUGAAGUGGCGCCCCAGGGAAGAGAACACGAUUGCAGAUGACAUCACCAAUUCGGUUUUCGAUCAAGUCGAUUUAUCGAAGCGUAUCACCAUUAGUUACGCGGACCUUCCUGUUCAAAUCAUUCACGCACUUUACAAGUCCAAAGCAGAGUUUGACCGGGCGCGUGAGUCUCAGCGCACCAUUGCUCGGUCUCAAGCACUUCGGGUGGCGGGCAUGAAACGGAAGAGGGCUGACAAGACACCGUGGUGA